ACACACACACACACACACCCCUCCUGCACUUUGAGAGCAGGGAAAGGAAUGACCCUCAUUUUCCUUCUCUUUGCCCUCCAAAUCCUGAGUUGGUUCUCCCACUUAUUUUUCUCCCUAGGAAAAUCCAGGGCGUCUGAGAGGUGAGAUUUUAAUGCAGCACAGAAUCUGCGGAGCCGCUGAGGUCUCUCAGCCGGCAGCUUGUUACUGGGGAGGGGAGGAAUAUGGGUUAUCCAACGGUCAGUAUGGUAAUCCGGGCACAAUAAGGCCUCGCACACAAUGGACACAUAUUUUUCUUCAGCAGUGUCAGAAGGAAAGCGCUUUGUACUGAAACAUGUUUCCGAAAGAGAAACCAGAUCGAGAUUUAGAAAGGAUAUGGUGGUGGGGGGCGGCAUUUGGAGAGCGAUCUCGUUUGGAGGCUGGCGAAAGGUGAUCAGAAAAAAGAAAAAAUAAAAUUGGGGCAGCGAGAGAUGGCGGGCAGAGCGGGGGUUGGAGAUCCUUGGGCUGGUGAGGCAGGAGGGUGAAGCACAAAAGCUGAUCCACGGAUUCAUCCCAGUCAAGAGCUGCUUUAGUGCCCCCCACCCCCAUUAAACCCAAGAACCAAGCACCCUCCGAAGGGAUCUUAUGUCUGUGCUUGCAGUAAUAUCCAGAUGAAAAUGCUUGGAUGGAUGUGUGUGGUUGCUAUCUGGCUUGCUAUUUUCCCCAUGUGAUAGGCGACUUUCUGGCUAUUAAGAUAUAGGAGUCCAAAGAGAGUUUUUUUGGUAAAUGAUGUAGAUGAAUGUGGGCAUAUUUGGGGGAAUCUCUCAGACUUCACUUUCUGGAUGCGCGUGUCGAAUUUGCUGUGCAAACCUGGAAGGAAAACUCCAUCUAUUUAUGGCGGCAUAAGGAGACAUUUAAUACACUAAUAAAUAUUAAUAGUAUGAAUGCAUAUGUAUUUGUUAGCAGUCAUAACCAAAGACAGAUUUGACAUUCGGUUGGAGGCAUCUGAACUCUCUGGAUCUACCCACACACUCUGGCCCGAAGUGGGUUUCCUGCUCCCGUUCCCUGGACCCACCUGCAGGCGCUCAGAAUCCUGGGGGCGGGGGGUGAGAUGUAAGGUGGGCAAAGCCUUGGGAAGGCUUCCCUAACAAGCCCAGGAGGGUGAAGAGAUAGAAGAAAAGCCGGUUGAGGCGGGGGCAGGGCUGGUAGUAGGUGAACGCUAUGGGUUGGGAGGAGGGAAGCCAGGUGGAGAAAAGAACAUUCUGGGCCAGGAUGGGGUGGAGCAGCCAGAUCCAGGUGCAGGCCUAGAAGGGAGGGUGGGAGUGGGGCUGGAAGGCUUCCUUCUUCUGUAACCUUCCCCACCCCACCCCCACCCUACCUGAGCUCCCUGGAACUUUGACUGUCCUCACGGGGCAGCCUGGGGCAGCCUGGGGCUGGGUUCAGACUUUUUAUGGAGGCCAGCAGUCAGCAUGGGCUUCCCUUUGCCACGUCCAGCAGCUUAUAGUGAACCCACCCCCACCACCAAUAAUUACAAAAAACAAGACCCUCACACACUCCAAGCCACUACCAACCAAACAGCAGCCUUCCCUUUCUCACGGUCUCAAGUUCCUCUUCCAACCAGACCAGCCAGUCCGCACACACGCACAGGGUCCUGGACAAGGAGUGGGCAGGAGUUCUCAACCAACUUUAGAAACGUGAGAAUCGCCUCGAGGAGAUGGUCAGCCUGGAGGGGAUUCGGUUCUCUCACCCACCUGGUGGCAGGGGGCAGGCACUGUAAUCUUGGGGAGAGGGUAUCCAGGGAACCCCCCCACCCCAAGCACCCGCUCCUGGUGAGCCUGGUUGCGGGGGCUCAACCCCCAGACCUCCAGAAAUGACGUCAGAAUCAUUUGCAUCCCGCUGCCUCUACCUGCCCGGUCCAGCUGGGACCCUGCCUCGCCGGCCCCAUGGCCAGAGGGUUGGGUGAGUGUGUCUGGGGAAGGGGGCUGGACGCUGGUCUCCUUGGAGGGGAGGCACCCCAGGCUCACCAGCCUCCUGGGCUCGGCCUGGGCCCCUCCCCAUCCAACCUCCACUCCAGUCCUCAUUCAACUUCCUCUUCCUGCGAAAGAGGGGCGCUGCCCGGUGACCUACACAGACUGAGAGAGAAUCGCCAUGAAUGGAGACGUCUGGAAAAGCUCGGGAGCCGAGGCCCGAGGGGCCCGCCGGAGGCCCAAGGGGAGACCCUGGGAGGGGGCCGAAUCGCAGCCUCCCGACAGCCCCCCAACGCCCAGGCUUUGGAAGGGAGCUGGGGGCUUCCCAUCUCCUUUGGCAGGGGAGGGCUGUCAGUCGGCGGGGGUGUGCGCUGGGGGCACCCCAGCCCCUGCCAGUUAACCCCCCAUCACCACCCCCCGCCCCAGCAGCAGCAGCACCACCGCACACACACACAAAAAAAUUGGAUACAUUUUGAAUAAAGCGAUUCGGUUCCUUAUCCGGGGACUGGGUUGCUCCGUGUGAUUGGCCGGCGGAGUCACAUGGUGAAAGUAACUUUACAGGGUCGCUAGCUAGUAGGAGGGCUUUAUGGAGCAGAAAAACGACAAAGCGAGAAAAAUUAUUUUCCACUCCAGAAAUUAAUGAUCAUGAGCUCGUAUUUGAUGGACUCUAACUACAUCGAUCCGAAAUUUCCUCCAUGCGAAGAAUAUUCGCAAAAUAGCUACAUCCCUGAACACAGUCCGGAAUAUUACGGCCGGACCAGGGAAUCGGGAUUCCAGCAUCACCACCAGGAGCUGUACCCACCACCGCCUCCGCGCCCUAGCUACCCUGAGCGCCAGUAUAGCUGCACCAGUCUCCAGGGGCCGGGCAAUUCGCGAGGCCACGGGCCGGCCCAGGCGGGCCACCACCACCCCGAGAAAUCACAGCCGCUCUGCGAGCCGGCGCCUCUCUCAGGCGCCUCCGCCUCCCCGUCCCCAGCCCCGCCAGCCUGCAGCCAGCCAGCCCCUGACCAUCCCUCCAGCGCCGCCAGCAAGCAACCCAUAGUCUACCCAUGGAUGAAAAAAAUCCACGUUAGCACGGUGAACCCCAAUUAUAACGGAGGGGAACCCAAGCGCUCGAGGACAGCCUACACCCGGCAGCAGGUCCUGGAAUUAGAGAAAGAGUUUCAUUACAAUCGCUACCUGACCCGAAGGAGAAGGAUCGAGAUCGCCCACUCGCUGUGCCUCUCUGAGAGGCAGAUCAAAAUCUGGUUCCAAAACCGUCGCAUGAAAUGGAAGAAGGACCACCGACUCCCCAACACCAAAGUCAGGUCAGCGCCCCCGGCCGGCGCUGCACCCAGCACCCUCUCGGCAGCCACCCCGGGCACUUCUGAGGACCACUCCCAGAGCGCCACGCCGCCGGAGCAGCAACGGGCAGAGGACAUUACCAGGUUAUAAAACAUAACUCACACCCUGCCCCCACCCCAGGCCCCCCAUCCUCCCCUCACACACAAAUUGACUCUUAUUUAUAGAAUUUAAUAUAUAUAUAUAUAUUUUGGUUCUUUUCGCUCUUCCUCCCACCUUAUCCCUUGUCAAUUCCAAACAGACAAAAACAGAUAAACAGGCCCCCUGCCCUUCUCUCCUUUCCACUGUUAAGGACCCUUUUAAGCAUGUGAUGUUGUCUUAGCAUGGUACCUGCUGGGAUUUUUUUUUUUUUUUUAAGGCCACUUUGGGGGGUUAUUUAUUUUUUAAGGAAAAAAAAAAGCUGCAAAAAUUAUAUAUUGCAAGGUGCGUUGGUCUGGUUUGGGUGCAUUUCAGGGGAAAUGAGGAAAAGAAAAAAGGCAAGAGAUUUUUAAGCAAAUUCUCCUCCUUCUCCUCCUCCUCCUCCCCCCCCCCUUUCCUUAGGCCUUUUGCAUUGAAAAUGCACCAGGGGAGGUUAGUGAGGGGAAAGUCAUUUUAAGGAGAACAAAGCUAUGAAGUUCUUUUGUAUUAUUGUUGGGGGGAGCUGGGAGGAGAGGGGGGAAGAGAGCAGACAAAGCUAAAUGCAUCUGGAGAGCCUCUCAGAGCUGUUCAGUUUGAGGAGCCAAAAGAAAAUAAAAAUGAACUUUUAGUUCAGAGAGGCAGUCUAUAGGUAGCGUACCCCCUCCCCCCUCCCAUCGUGGUUAUUGUGUUUUUGGACUGAAUUUACUUGAUUAUUGUAAAACUUGCAAUAAAGAAUUUUAGUGUCGAUGUGAAAUGCCCCGUGAUCAAUAAUAAACCAGUGGAUGUGAAUUAGUUUUA